AUGUCUGGGUCAAUUGAAACUUAAUCGCAAAAGAAUAAAGAAGAUCAAGCAAAGUCUAACACUAAUGCUUUGCAAACCGCGAGAUCAAAUUAAUCUUGUGGCAAGAUCAAGCCUGAAAGAAGUGUUAGUAGGCAUCAUAGGUGCACUAUGGAGCAUUCUCAUAAUGCUACUGUAAAUUAGACAUAGACAAAGAAUAAUCACAAUUAAAGCUAUGCCUCAACUAAACGCAUAAAUCAUUCGAAUUUUAAGAAUCAUUCUAUCAUCAAAGAAAUUGAAGUUGAAUGCGAUAAUCUAAAAUCUCCUCAGAAUAAUCAAGAAAACAAACUAAAACUAAGCAUAAAGACUUCCCAUAGUAAAUCUCUCUAAAGUCAGCAAUUGAGUUAUAAUUCUAGAUUAUCACAGAAAUAAAAAAUUAAGAAUGUUGUUUCAACUUAAUCAAUCGACUGUCUCCAAGAUAUUAAUGAUGAAAUCAAGAAUAGUCUUCGUUUAAUCAUGAAAGAUCAACAGAAAGUCUAGGAUUAAAUGAUAUCAUAAAACAUGAUUCCUUAAUCUACAGUAUAAUCCCCUAAAUUUGAAAAUGUACUUAGAGACUCAAUGAAAAUAAACAAUAACAGGCCAACUUCAGUCAGAUAAUCAAUAUGUGCCAAGAAUUCUAAUCAUUCAAGUAUGAAAUCAUUAUCGACUUAGCAAAACAGUGUUAGGCAAUCUCUUAAAAAUAUAAAGCCAUUGGACUUAAAUACCCGAAGAAGUAGAGAUUACAGAUAAAUAGAGUAAUCUCAAAAAGUGCACUACAAAUAACUGGAAUCUUGUUCUGGCUUCAAUCAAAGUUCCUAGGCUUCUACUAAUACAGGGAUAUAAUCUUAAAAAACCAUAAAAGCAAUGAGCUAAAUUUAAUCCCUCAAUAAUAAGAUAAAGGAUCUGAACGAAGAAAUUUUAGAAAUGAAGAAAUAGAAGGGUGCUUAUUAGAUUAACAACAUACUAAGCCCUAAAAUCUCUGAAUAUAGAGUUAAGAACUCAAACAUUAAGCCUGUACUCCUAAGGGAAUCAGUUUCUGGGACAAUAUCCUACUAAUCUAGAGUAAUGAGCUGCAAAGCUGCUGAUAAUAACAGAAUUAACGUGCUUGAAGAAGCUGUAUCAGAUUUUAUUAAUGCUUAAAAAGUAAAAAAGGUAUUUUCAUUAACAGAACUUAGAAACAAAGUGGGUUUAAGAUAUCUGAAUGGCAAGAACUUUAAAUAUGCAUUUGAUGAAAUUAGUCAAUUUUCAGGAGGAUUAUAAGGAUAAUCUCUUAACUAAAAAGUAAAUAAGCACGUAUUUCUUGGUCAUAUGCUAGAGUUCCUGAUGGAUAUUCUAGAUACUAGAGAAGAACAUCAAAGCAAAUAUUUGAGAGAUGGACUCAAGUAGAUCUAUCGCACUGUUAAGUAAGAUGGAGCUCAUGUGUCUCUGCCAGAUCUUUAUAUGGCUGUCUUAAUAAUUAGGAGUUAAAAGCUGUCAGUAUAAGAUAUAGAUGAAGCAUUUACGUUCUUUUGCAAGUCACAAAUUAUUACUAAUUACCAGUUGGAAGCACUACUUACAUCUAUAAUAAGAGUGUGGUUUCUGAUUUAUCCUAAUUCAUCUGUAGGGAGAGCAAUUAAAAAUAUGAAAUUAAAGGCAGAAGACAUUGCAAGAGUUUUAGCAGAUCAGAUUAGCCAACUUAGCAAUUCUAAGAUAAUGGCCUAAUCCAUCAUAAUAUGGAUAAAUUAACCCAUUUAAAAAAGAGACAAAUCUAUGGAACGAGGAUAGUCUCCAAGUGUUCAAUAUAAAGCAAAUGCAAGAUAACUAGCUAACAAUCAUUAGAUUUCUAUAAAUUCUGAGUUCAACUGUAAAAAUUAUCAGACAGUCCUUCAAUAGUAUAUUCAAGAGGAAGACUCUUUAAGUUUUGUGAGUAAUCAUAAUAAUGCCAUUUUAGAUGACGAGGUGAUCACAAGUAAUUUAAGUUUUACUGAUGAGAUGUAGUACUAAAAGUAACUACCUUAAGGUAGAUGCUAAACUUCUCACUACAUUCAAAAUGUGCCUCCCAAAGUUAAUCAUGAACAUCUAAGAAAAACAUCACAAACUUAAUGCAAUCAAAGAAAAAGUGUUAAUGGUAAGUCCAUAAUGAUGGAGUCCACUAUCUAUAAUAACUAAUCUGAUCAUCUAUCUUGCUUCAACCAAUCUAUAAAUGCCACUACCCCUAAUCACUAUAAGCCUUAAUUGCAUUAAUAUAAAACAUAAGCCUUGAACUAAUAGCAAAAGGAUCUAGACAAGUAUUAGUAAUCUUCCUAAAUGCCUACAAUUAGUUACAUUACUAAUGAUAUUACUAAUGACUAGACUUUAAAUGCGGUAAGAAACGAUAAUUAUCUUAUAAAUAAUACAAAUCAUCAUCAAUAUAAGAGGCCUCAAAUUAUGACUUAGAAUCAUAGUAUUGCUGGAUUCCAAGAUAUGACAAAAUUUAAUCAUACAAUUUCACCAUAGAAUCCUUAAUAAUCAUUUGAUGUCAGAGGCUAUGAAACAUAAAACUUUUACAGCAAUCAAAAAUAAUAGAAUCAUCCUCCAAGUAUUAUAAGUAAUGGUAGUCAGACUAGAUCAAUCAUACAGAACCCUAGGAUGCAGAAAAACAAUGCUUUUAUUCAAAGUCACUACAAUAGUUUGAGUAAUCAUCAUAUCCAUUAGAAAGUUAAAAUAGAUCAAAGAGCUCAUAUUUAGCAAUAGAUGAUGACUCAAAUUCAAGGGCAAUCAAUGGCGAAUUAAAACCAAGCAUCAUAGCAGCAUCAUAAUUAUCUAAACUACUAGACUAACAUCCCCAUGAAGUCAAACUAUAAAACCCUCUAGGACACAAUGGAAUAAAGAGGAUAUCAAUCAAAUAUCAGUGCAAGAGAUCUUGACUACUUAAGACUAAUAAAAAAUCCUCCUAAUAUGAUGAUUAUUUAAGAUCUGUGA